AUGGCGCUGAUGGCCAUCAAGUCAUUUCAACAAGUUCUUUACGUCGAGCCUGGUUUUUCUAGAAGCAAUGAAGUUCAUCUUCGUCUCGGUCUUAUGUUCAAAGUUCAAAAUGACUGGGAAAGUUCAUUGAAACAUUUACAACUCAGUCUGAUUGAUUCGAGUCCGAGUUCUUUUUCUAAAGUUGAAAUCAAGUUUCACAUCGCUCAUUUAUUCGAAGUCCAAGGAAAGUACAAAACAGCCAAGGAUAGUUAUGAAAAUUUAUUAAAAGAAAAAGAAUUGCCCAAUCAUUUAAAAGCUGAUAUAUGUAGACAGUUAGGAUGGAUGUUUCACUGUGUGGAAUCUCUUGGGGAAAAAGUUUACCGGGAAAAUCAAGCGAUUGAGAGUUUGAAAAAAUCAAUCGAAGCGGAUUCGAAAAGCGGUCAAAGUUUAUAUUUGUUGGGACGUUGUUAUGCGAGCAUAGGAAAAGUUCACGACGCUUUCAUAGCUUAUAGGAAUUCCGUUGAAAAAAGCGAAGGAAACGCGGAUACAUGGUGCUCGAUAGGUGUAUUAUACCAGCAGCAAAAUCAGCCUAUGGAUGCUUUGCAAGCGUACAUAUGUGCUGUACAAUUGGAUAAAUCACACACGGCUGCUUGGACUAAUUUAGGUAUACUUUACGAAAGUUGCAAUCAACCUCGUGACGCUCACGCUUGUUACGUAAACGCGACGAGAGGAUCGAAUAAUCAAGACGCGAAAAAUAAUAAUAAUAAUAAUAAUAAUAAUUGUACGACGCAUUCCCCGCUGUCGAUAUCGCCCCGCGGUACGUCCGCCAAUUCACAGGGGCCACCAAUGAACCAUAACUUGACCCAAAGAAUUAAAUUUCUACAAAGUCAUUUGCAAAAUUCACCAAUGCCAAGCAUAACGAGCAAGAGGCAAUUGCCAUCGAUUGAGGAAGCUUGGAACCUUCCGAUAUCUGCCGAGAUGUCUUCUAGGCAACAACAACCACAGCAACAGCAACCAUACCAUAAAGUUUAUCCACAACCGGGGCAACAGAAUAAUUAUAACAAUCAACAUCCUAAUGCAACUCCUCCGCCUUAUCAAACAGGCCCUCCUGGAAACAAUAAACGUUUUAAGACUGAACCACCGUCGGGCGUUACACCAACAACGGCGAGGCCUUCAUUUUAUUUAACCACGCAGCAAAUAGAAACAAUGGAAUAUUUGCAGCAAAAUGUCGGGAAUUUAACAGUUCAACAGCAGAAUAUUCUUCAGCAGUUGCAAAUAAAUUUCCGAAUGAUGCAACAUCAUCAACAACAAUUGCGUGCUCAGCAACAGCAAUCGCAAUCGCAUAGAAGUGCCGGAAACGGUACCGGACACCACGUGCCUCCAAAUCCUAAUCAAAAUAGAUCUCAGCCUUACGGCACACCUUUCCAGGGUGGAGUUGUGAAAAAUUACGGACUUCCAACUCAAACGGGAACCGUUGCACCGCAGACAAAUUUUUCCGAACCGUUGAGUAGCAAUGCUGCCGUACCCACAACUCAACAGUCUCCUGGUAUGCCGUACAAAUCGGCCACGACGGAACAAAGUUUCCCCGCUCGUACCAACAACAAUUAUCAGACAAACGGUCAAUUUACCAAUCAGUCUUACCAAUCUUCGGGUAGUACAACAAACAACAACAACAACAACACACAAUCGAAUAACUUUGAAUUUCCCAAUACGGAAUUGACGGUGAGCGAUCAAGAGUUGACGGCUCUUUUGAGUCAGAAAGACAUCGCGACGAGUUUGGCCGAAGAUUUACUUAAACAUUUUGGUAGCGAAUCGAGCGAUUUGGACAUAAAAGAUGAAAUUACAGGUCCUCCCGCUAACUCAGGUACCGGAAUCCUCAGUUCGGGUCCAUUUUCGCCUUCGAAUUUAUUAGAUAACUCGAAUUUAAAUUCUUCACUCAAGCAAGAGAGUUCGGGUAAGCAAAGGAGUAGUUCUCCUCCGUCGUCGGGUGGAUUGAAAAAGACGUCGCCGCCACCGCCGCAACCACUUCCGGAAAUCAAAACGGAAGUUGAAUCCUCGGUCAUCGAACCCGUGGAAAUAAAACAAGAAUUCAUAGAAAGUCUCAAAGAGGAAUCAUUUGAAUAUGAAAAUUUUUCGGAUAAAGAACCUGAAUUAACCAUUGAUAUGCCGGCCAAAAAAAUUUUAGAAAUAUGCAAAGGAAUUAGUACAAAAUUAUCGGGGUCUUGUUCGGUCGUGAGCGACAAGACGCCGCCCCCCGCUCCACCGGAUCCUCCUCCUCAAAGAUUGACGAGCGAACAACUCCUCCCUCCCACGCCAUCCGUUUAUUUGGACAACAAAAAAGACGCGUUUAGUCCUCAGCUCCAAGAAUUUUGUUUAAAGCAUCCGAUCGCGGUGAUAAGAGGAAUGGCCGCCGCAUUGAAAUUAGAUCUCGGUUUGUUUUCAACGAAAACUCUCGUCGAAGCAAAUCCCGAACAUUCUGUCGAAGUUCGAACGCAAAUGCAGCAAACCUCGGACGAGAAUACGGAUUCUCAAGGUCGUAGAACGUGGGCUUGCAUAUCGCACAGAUCUCAUACCACAAUAGCUAAAUAUGCACAGUACCAAGCGUCGAGCUUUCAGGAAAGCCUUAGGGAAGAGCAAGAAAGAGGAAGUAACCACGCAUCUAAUUUAUCCGAUUCGGAUUCGAAAGAUUCUUCGAGUAAUCACGUGAGAAGGAAAAAAGGUGGUCAUUUGGGUGGUUUGGUUAGAGGGAUAGGAGAAAGGAAAAUGUUGAGGUUCGGAACCAACGUCGAUUUGUCCGACGAAAGAAAAUGGCGGCCGCAACUACAAGAACUCACGAAGCUUCCCGCGUUUGCACGUGUCGUGUCGGCGAGUAACAUGUUAUCCCACGUCGGACACGUCAUUCUCGGAAUGAAUACCGUUCAAUUGUACAUGAAGGUACCUGGAUCCCGAACGCCCGGACACCAGGAAAACAACAAUUUUUGUUCCAUAAACAUAAACAUCGGACCGGGAGAUUGCGAAUGGUUUGCCGUGCCCGAUGCUUAUUGGGGUGGUAUUCAAGCCCUUUGUCAAAAAAACGGUUUGAGUUAUUUGCACGGGAGUUGGUGGCCGAGUUUAGAAGAUUUGUACAAUGAGAACAUACCUGUUUAUAGAUUUCUGCAAAAACCUGGAGAUUUGGUUUGGGUUAACGCCGGUUGUGUUCAUUGGGUGCAAGCCGUGGGUUGGUGUAACAAUAUAGCGUGGAACGUCGGACCGUUAACGGCGAGACAGUAUUCACUGGCGAUAGAACGGUACGAAUGGAACAAACUCCAAAGUUUUAAGAGUAUCGUGCCCAUGGUUCACCUCUCGUGGAACUUGGCUAGAAAUAUAAAAGUGUCCGAUCCAAAAUUGUUUCAAUUAAUAAAAAAUUGCCUACUAAGGACGUUAAAACAUUGUUAUAUAAUAUUAGAAUUAGUUAAAAGUAAGGGAAUAGAAGUUAGGUUUCACGGUCGCGGUAAGAAUGAGGCAUCGCAUUAUUGCGGACAGUGCGAAGUUGAAGUUUUCAAUAUAUUGUUCAUUCGCGAACAAGAGAAAAGGCACGUGGUUCAUUGUAUGGAUUGCGCGAGGAAACAAUCCCCGGGAUUGGAAGGUUUCGUUACGCUAGAAGAAUAUAAAAUGUCCGACCUGUGUCAGGUUUUCGAUAAUUUUCAAUUACAUCCCGUGGUAAGUAAUGUUUAA